UGCUCCGGUGGUGAAGGAUCGCAGGACGAUUGUUACCAGUUGCAUCGUCAGUGUGUUCUAGCGUGAUAGCGUUGGAGAGACCGAAAAGCGAGAGUGCUGCUAGUGAAUAACAGUUUGACAUUUUGAAACAGUUUCCUAUUUCCUUCCUCCCAGAUACCGGUGCACAGUGACACAAAAUGAUUCUUCGAUGUUCCGUGGUGGUGUGGUGUGUACUAGCACUGUUUCUGUUACCGGUAACGGACGGUCGGAGGGAUACGCACGUUGACGUUACCGAUCAGCAGACAGUGCUGGACAGUGUUGGUAUGCGGAGUGUGUUUCGCUUCAUGCGUACGUUUAUGUACAACAUCGUCGGCAAGACGGGACAGCGCAAGCGUGGGUCCUUUCUGCAGGAACGCAUCCCUCCCGAAGUGCCAUUUCCGUGUAACGUGUCGCUGGGCCGGAGUGCCAAGCCACCGACGAGUGUGCAUAAGCUGAGACCAGGAGAUAUAAACGUGAUCGCCGCCAUGGGUGACUCGCUGACCGCUGGCAGCGGUGCAGCCGCGUCCGGUUUUGUCGACCUGUUCCAGGAAAAUCGUGGCCUAGCGUGGAGCAUCGGUGGCCAGUGGGACUGGCGCAAUGUAACGACCCUGCCGAACAUAAUGAAGGUGUUUAAUCCGAAGCUCGUCGGUUACUCGCUCGGUGACGCUUACCCGUUUCAUCGGGACUCCCAGUUCAACAUGGCCGAGAUCGGUGCCGUUUCGUACGACAUCCCGUACAUGGCACGGUCGAUGGUGCAGCGCAUACGGCGCGAUCCGCGCGUCGACUGGAAGCGCGACUGGAAGCUGGUAACGAUUUCGAUCGGUGGCAACGACAUCUGCACGUUCGUCUGCACCAUGCGCUACCCCGAACAGCUGCCCUCGAAGCACCGGUUACGGCUCCAGCGGACGUUGCGCUAUCUGCGCGACAACAUGCCGCGCACCUUCGUCAACCUCGUGUCGGUACCGAGUGUGGCGAAGGUGGUGAUGCUGCAGCGGAAACCGUUCGAGUGCGCAUCGCUCCAUAAUGGCGAGUGUUCCUGCUGGAUCGGGAAGCUCUACAAUCAGAGCGAUGCCUCGCGGGCAAGAUGGAGACGGAUACAGAAUGAGAUGAUAAGGGUGGAAAAGGAAGUGGCAGAAUCGAAAGAGUUCCGAGGACUGGACGAGUUUGCCGUCGUUUAUCAACCAUGGUCACUGAAUGUGACGAUGAAAAUGAAUGGAAAGGAAGUUGACUACUCGCUGCUUUCAAUUGAUUGCUUCCACAUGAGCCAGAAAGGAAAUGCCUACGCCGGUGCCGCACUGUGGAACAACAUGCUCGAACCCGUGGGGAAGAAAACCCCCAGCUGGCAGCCGCUUAUGACAAACUUCAAAUGUCCCACCAAAGACUCACCUUACCUCGGCACGUACGAUAACAGUGGUCAUAGCUAGCGACCCAGAUUCACAAUGUUUAGAACAGCAGCGGCAUUUAAAGUGUGAAAACGAACGGACAGUGCGAAAUGUUGUGAUGCUAAUUUAUUGUAAAAUGUUUGUAAAACACGCAUUGCAACACAACACAUCGGUAUCUGUUUAGUGUUUAGAUUAUCUAUGGUAGAUCUCUUCAUAAAUCGAUUUCAGUGCAGAUUUAUUGUAGCCAACUAAUUGUAGGAAUGGACCGAUGAAAAGAUCUUCAUAUAAUGAAGUAUCAGCCGAGAGAAAGAGAGUCAGUGAGCGUGCCAUCAAACGGGGCACAAUGUAAACGAAACCAUGUCAGUAGCACAACGCGACGGCAGUAGAACUGAGGUGGCAAACGCGCGCUGAGAAACCGAUGGAAAUAAAUUGUUCAAUCAAACUGAUUCGUCUCAAGUA